AUGAUAAAUAUAAGAAAGGUGCUUCUUCCCAAUUGUGUUAUUACUAAAAGUUUUUUGAAUAAUUAUUACAAAAGGCUUAUAACAUAUUAUACAAAAACACAUGAAUAUAUAAAAAUUGAGGAUGGAAAUUUGAACAAUAGAAAAGAUAUGACUAACGUUAAAUGUAAAAUUGGAAUUAGUAAUUAUGGGACUCAUAAACUAGGAGAAAUAGUAUACGUGGAUGUAGCACAUAAUAUAAAUGAUCAUGUUAAAAAAGGAGAUUGUAUAGCGACAAUUGAAAGUGUCAAGAGUGUAGGAGAUGUAUAUACUCCUGUUAGUGGUAAAAUUAUAAAUAUAAAUAAUAAGAUAAUAGAUAACGUGAAUUUAAUGAAUGAACAAUCAGAAAUAGAUGGAUGGAUUAUGGAAUUAGAAACAAAUCAAAUAAAUGAAAAAGAAAUUAUGAAUAUUUCGGAAUAUGAAAAAAUGUGUGAAGAGGAAGAACAAAAUGAAGAAAAGAAAAUACAACAAAAUGAAAUUAAUUGUAUGGAAGAAAAAAAUAAAAAUAAAAUUUUUGAUAUAAAUGAUAUGAAAAACAUUGAAAAUAAAGGACAAGGAGGGAAAUAA